AUGAGUGCCAUAACACGUCUUUCUUCCUCUUCACCUGAAUUACCAAAAACGAAAAUUCCUCACAAAAGAGUUAGAUCAAUUGGGGCAACAGGAAAAAGUACAUUUUAUGGAGAAGAACGACCAGUUAUAAUUAAUGGAAAAGUGUUGAUAUCUGGAGGAUUGACACUUCCAUUGUUAUCUUCUUCAUAUUUAGUUUCAAAAAAUGGAGAAAUUAAACGACUUAAAACAGGACAGUCAUUUGAGGAAAAUGAAGAAGACCAAUUAUUAUGUGUUUGUUAUGAAUUAAUUACAUUUUUAUAUUAUUCAUAA